UCUAGAACCACUUCCUCCGAGACCUGCUGCUGUUGUGGUUAUGGUUCAGCACAGUCCUCGUUUCAUCAGAAGAGCAUUUGAAGAUCCACUUGAAGGAGAAACAGGGAAAUCUAGCGCAACAGCUGGAGAGGAGCUACAACAGCGGACAUGCGAGAUCAAACGUCGGCGCCCUUAACUUGCAGCUCAUCUCGUUACAGUAGAUCCAACAUUUUGGGGAAGGUGGCCUUUCUGCUGCUCUGUAUUGCUGGAUGUACCCAGGCAGCAAGUAACGAUGGAGUCCAUCCGGAGCAGGUUUUGACAGGUCCUAUUUACCAGGUCGGAGAUUAUAUAGAAUGUUUGUAUGGUCGAGAGGCAAAAUACUGCAUGACACGAGUGCAGCUGAAGGCAGCAAACUCGUCGUCUCCAUUUUGGAUCAAGAUUCAGGAAGUCAGCAAACUCCAGACCCACUUCCGUCGAGAUCUGUUAUAUGUGGGGUUAUGUGUACCAGCACAGUCCUCAGUUUCAGACAUCAGUAAAGGAUUUGAAGAUUCCCUUAAUGAUGCAGCAAGGAAACUUGGUGUCACAGCUGAAGUGGAGCUGGAUCAGCAGAAAUGCCAGUCCAAACACGGGCCUCCAUACAAUGCAGCUCAUUUUUUUACAGUACUUGGGUCUCUUGGUCUCAUAUUUCUGGCGCUGUGUGGCUCAAGAAAUGAUGGACUCAGAAGAUUGAAGGAAAAUGAAACCCCAAUUAUAACAAGAGGUAUGGAGUAUCCCCCAGUGUCACGAUGUUUAUAACAAGACUCAUAAAAUUCAUCCAUCAGUUUGAAAGGU